GAUGAGUGUGUGGUACACUAGGAGUGAUAUGAUCAUGAAUGAAGCUAUUUGGGACAAGGUGGAAGUGACCUCCAGGUGGACAAGAUGAGGGAGGUGGGACUGAGAUGGUUCGAACAUGUGAAGAGAAGAUGCACAAAUGCCCCAGUGAGGAGUGAGAGGCUGGCUACAACUAGACCGAAGAAGUCUUGGGGAGCGGUGAUUAGCCAGUACAUGACUCACCUGCAGUUACCGAGGACAUGACCCUAUUAGAGUAGAAGAAUGGCCAUGCAAACCGUAGCUCCACCUUCUGCACAAGUCGUUGGAAAUGCUUUUGUUGAGCAGUAUUAUCAAAUUCAGCAUCACUCCCCAGAGUCAGUGUACCGAUUCUACCAGGAUUCGAGUGUCUUAAGUCGCCCAGAUGCUAAUGGCGUGAUGACAUCAGUGACAACAAUGAAAAAUAUCAAUACUUUGAUAUGUUCAUUGGACUACAAGAACUACAAGGCCGAAAUAAAGACUGCAGAUGCACAGGAUUCCUUUAAGGAUGGGGUGACUGUUUUGGUAACUGGAUGCUUAACCGGAAGGGAUAAGUUGAGAAGGAAAUUUGCCCAGACAUUUUUCCUUGCUCCACAGGACAAGGGUUAUUUUGUUUUGAAUGAUGUUUUUAGGUAUGUAGAAGAUAAUGAGACUGAUACCGCUCCAGAAAUGAUUAAUGGAACUGAGGAUGUGCAGUCGGAGGUUUUGACCCCUGAUCCAGAACCUACUCAUGUGGUUGAUCCUCCAAAUCUCGACCAAGCUGGCUCAUAUGCAGAAGAAGUUCAACAUGUUGAGGAAAAAGCCAAUGACUCUUUGGAAGAUGGGAGACAAAUUGGUGAUGAAAGAGAGAUUGUUGUGGAAACUGAAUCCCAUCUCGACGAGGACCAGAACCCUGCAAAGACAGAAUCAGCUAAUUCUGUUGCCCAAGAGGAUGCUCCAAAGAAGUCCUAUGCAUCAAUUGUCAGUUCACAAACAAAGAAAGGGCCAACCAAAAUCUAUGUACCCACUAAUACUUCCAGAAUGGCUCCUCCCAAGGCUGUAAAGCAGCCAGUUGCUGCAGUAGCACAAACUGCAGCUCCUGAAGCAUCAAAUCCUACUGCACCUAGUGGAAUUAAUAUACCUGAAACUAAUGAUACUGAAGAUGAAGCUGAGGGAUACUCCAUUUAUGUCCGCAAUUUGCCUCUAGAUGUUACUGUAGCCCAACUUGAAGCUGAAUUUAAGAGAUGUGGGCCUAUUAAGCAAGGAGGUGUACAAGUUAGAAGUAAUAGGAAUCAAGGAUUCUGCUUUGGCUUUGUUGAAUUUGAAGAUGUGAGCUCCAUGCACAGUGCCAUACAGGCUUCACCGACUACCAUUGGGGCUCGUCAAGUUGUUGUUGAGAUGAAGAGAACUACAACUAGAGUUGGUAGCGCGAGAGGCCGUUUCUCUCCUGGAAGAGGAGGAUUCCGAAAUGACAAUUUCAGAAUCCGCGGAAACUUUGGUGGAGGUCGGAGCUACGGGAGAAAUGAAUUUGGAGGACGUGAUUUUUCAGGGCGUGGUAGGAUUCAAGGUGGACGCGGUGGUGAUGUCUAUCAAGUAAGAGGGAGAGGGGGACGGAGAGGUGAACCUAGUCAGAGUUCUACUACAGCAUAGUUUGUGUGGGCUGGUUAAAUUUUUUGGUGGUAAAUUUUGAUCUAGUUUAUUUGUUUGCCAGUGUGCAAACAGCGGAACAGUUUUAGCUGUGUAGUGAACUAGUGAUAUCAACUUGAUCAAAGUUGACAUUGACUUUAAUUUUUAUUCUACUCCCCCCCACCCCCUUCUUUUUACCUAC